AUGAGUAAAACAACAACAGACAACUUCAUAUUAAGAAGUUCAAAGGGGUGUUUGCGAUGUAGUGAUGGGUAUCACAUUUCAAACUCUGUUUGUGUGAAAUGUGAGUACCCAUGCACUUAUUGCUCGAAUUUAACGUAUUGCACAAAAUGUGAUUCAUAUUCGUACAUCAAGAAUGGCAAGUGUAUUGAAAUCAAUGAGAUACUGAGUGUGUAUGAUGUGAUGAUGUCGACAUAUGAGGGGUGUGUUGUGUGUAAAGACGGGUACAUGCGAUCAAGUGAUGGCAAGCAAUGCGUUAGAUGUGACAUGUCGUGUGCAACAUGUUCCAAUGAUGGUGAUUGUGUUGUUUGCAGUGAUAGAUAUUACAGAACACCAAACAACAACACUAAGCUGUGCAACCCACAAAAAGAAUUGAACAACUGUUUGAACAAAACAACAAGUGGUUGCACACUAUGUGAAAAUGGAUUUGCACUGAAAGACAAUUUGUGUUACAAAUGUGGUCAAAACUGCAUUUUUUGUGAUGCCACUUUUGAGUGUUCAAAUUGUGAUAAUGACAACGUUUUAAGAAACGGAGUGUGUGUUUACUUUUCUAAAAUACAAAACUGCAUUUCAUCACAAUUCUCCAUUUGUUGGGAGUGUGCAGAUGGCUUUAAGUUGAGUGACAAUAAAAUAUAG